ACUGAAGUUGCUAGAUUUUCUUUUCAUUUUCCUUUCAUUGAGAGUGAUGGAGCUGGAGCUUUAAAGUGUGUAAUUUGGCACUUUGCCUAUACCAGAAUUGUUAGAAAAGAGAAAAAUUUCUAGUUUAUAAAUCAUUCUUAGAUUUUUCAGAGAGCAAGAUUCACACUUAUUCUUUUUAUUUUCUGGGUAUGUUCUUAUAAAUAGAGAUUAAAAAUGCAAGUAAUUAAAAUGUCAUUACCUUCUCCAGUUCUUCAUCGCAGCUCAUUUUCAAGUUCCAGGGGUAAGCCUGUAAAUUUAGUUGUAAGAUGCUCCAUUGAUCGCCCAGCUUCAGAGAAUGCCAUUCCAAAACAUAUAAUCUCUGGCCUUGUAGCUUCUUGCAUAUUCUUCUCGCAAGCGAAUUUGGUGUAUGGGACAGAUCUUCCUCGUCAUAAUAGUAUAUGCCAGCUUGCUGAUGUCUCAAGCAAUAAGGUUCCGUUUCCUCUUGAUGAGAAUGCUAGUGAUGCAAAUGACAAGGUGACGAUGAUGAUGAUGAGAGGUAUGUCUGCUAAGAAUUUCGACCCAGUUAGAUACGCUGGCAGAUGGUUUGAGGUGGCCUCUCUUAAACGUGGAUUUGCUGGACAAGGUCAGGAAGACUGUCAUUGCACCCAGGGAGUAUAUACGUUUGAUAUGGAAACGCCCGCCAUCCAAGUUGAUACAUUCUGUGUACAUGGUGGUCCUGAUGGCUACAUCACUGGUAUCAGGGGAAAGGUUCAGUGCCUCUCAGAGGAAGAUAAAGAGCUAAAAGAAACUGAUUUGGAGAGACAAGAGAUGAUCAAAGAGAAGUGUUACCUGCGAUUUCCUACUUUGCCGUUUAUACCCAAAGAGCCGUAUGAUGUUAUUGCAACUGAUUACGACCACUUUGCCCUUGUCUCAGGAGCCAAAGAUAAAAGCUUUAUCCAGAUCUACUCUAGAACGCCUAAUCCUGGACCUGAAUUUAUCGAGAAGUACAAAAAUUAUCUAGCAGAUUUCGGAUAUGACCCGAACAAAACCAAGGAUACUCCACAAGAUUGCCAAGUUAUGUCGAACACUCAACUGGCUUCAAUGAUGUCCCAAAAUGGAAUGCAACAGGUUCUAAACAACCAGUUCCCUGAUCUUGGAUUAAAGGCUUCUGUAGAGUUUAACCCCUUCACAAGUGUACUUGAGACAUUGAAGAAGCUCGUCGAACUCUACUUCAAGUAGUAGUUCAAGAAUCUCAUGUACUGGUGUAUAUUUUUCAUAUGAGCGUUCUGUAAAAUCCACAAUACAAAGUAGAAUUCACUAUCUUUGACAUUCCUUUGUGUGGUAAUAUAUGAUAGCUGUCAAUUGUUAUCCAAA